UAACAAUUUAUUCUUCAGUACACCUUCAAACAUUCUACUUUUCAUUCCAGAUAUGCCCUCCGUCGCUGCCACAAAUAAGUCUGGCGAAUCUGUCGAAAAAGGCUGGUGUUCCUGUCUCCCUUCCAUGCUCUAUGCUCAAGCUAACCGCUUCCGUCUCCGUAAAGCGAACCCGGACGCUCGUUUUGGUUUGAUUGGCAAGCUCUUGCAUUCUGAGUGGAGUGGCUUGACAGACGACAAAAAGAGGCCAUACAUCGAGCGUUAUGAGGAAGAUAAGAUACGAUUCGAAGGAGAUAAAGCCAAGUACAUCGACGAAAUGGCCGAGUAUGAGGCCAAGAAAGCUAAGUAUGGCUAUGCCUCAGAGUCUGAAGGGGUUUAGAAGGCAAAAAAUAUAGAAGCAGUCCACUGCUUCGAGUGGCUUCUGAUUAAGGCCUGCUUUUGAAUCUCGUAGCUUUGUAAGUAAAUUCUAGCACCAGCAUCUAGCUAUAUCGCUCCAUAGUCAUCUCUCUUGAUACUACACAGUGGUAGC